GAGUCCACAGGGGCAGCAGGCACGCAGGCUGGGCCAGCUGCCGGGGCGCAAUGAUCAAGUUUGUGCUGCUGGUCAACAAGCAGGGCCAGACACGGCUGGCAAAGUACACCGACAGCAGCCUGACCACCGACGAGCGGCGAGCGCUGGAGGCGGAGAUUGUGCGCAAGUGCCUCACGCGCGUGGACAAGCAGUGCAACAUUGUGGAGCACAGGAACUUCAAGGUGGUGUACCGCAGAUACGCCUCCCUGUUCUUCCUCAUGGGCAUCGACGCAGAGGAGAACGAGCUGGGCACUCUGGAGAUGAUCCACUGCAUGGUGGAGACGCUGGACAAGUGGUUCAGCAACGUGUGCGAGCUGGACAUCAUGUUCUCGCUGGACACCACGCACCACAUCAUCGACGAGAUGGUGGCCAACGGGUGCGUGGUGGAGACAAACAAGGCAAACGCGCUGAUGCCCGUGCAGCUGCUGGAGCGGCUGGCGUAGCGCGGCGCCCCACCCCGUAACCUUUGUCCUUCCGGGUUGCUCUGCUUUGCUCCCCUUGCUCUGCCCUGUUCGUGUAUUCACCCCCGCUUCAGCACUGCCCAUUCUUCCUGCUACCGCUUGCCAUGCCGUUCAACCACUGCCCAGUCCCUGAAGGCAGCGACCUGUGCCAUAUGCCCGCUGGACGCCCAUG